CGGCCCCCUGUGCGUCCAAGGCCGGCGAUGGAUGGCGUGUAGCCUGAGUGGACAUCUGCGAGGCGGGCUACCCGGACGUGGGGCUGUCGUCCUUGUUCAGCCGCUGUGCCCUUUUGAUUGUUCCAACCGGAGAAAUCCGUGAGUUUCCAGGGGACUUUAAUAAAAGCCUAAGAUUUCUCGGUCAGCUGUCUUGGGUAGAACCUCCCAUCUCAGUUCCCCGAUCUGAGGAGAGUGAGCUGAAUUCACCCCUUCCAUUUUGUUCUGAAUCCUCAAAAAUAAAGACAUCGCGUCAGGAGCUACAGGCUCACCCUCCUUCCCACCUGAAGAGUGAAUGAAGACUUUCAGAUAAAUACCACACGGGAAUAGUGAGGGGGACAUUGAUCACUGAAGUGGCCUGGUCAACAUCGAGCGAAGGACCCCUUAUUGUUUUCCAAAGAUGCUGCAGAAGUAGUCUUUGCCAGUACUGCUUUCCUUCCCUCAGCCAAAGCUCUUCACACCACCAUGGGCUGCAUGAAAUCAAAGCAAACCUUCCCAUUUCCUACCACAUUUGAGAAUGAGAAGCAACAUGAAAGUGAAGAAGCCUUUAUACCAGAAGAGAGACUUCUACCUAAGAUGCCCUCUUCAGGCACCACCCAAAAGGCUGGGAAAGUAAUUCCACCACCCAGUACUGUGAUCCUCAAAUAUGCAGAAUCCCUGGCUCAGGAGAUCGUGAAGGAUGCCUUAAAUCAAUGGGCAAGCAAUAACACCAAGUACUGUGACAUCCCAUACAUUGAGAAUGACAGCUCUGACACUGCAGGAUGAUGGAACUUUCCUGAACUUUGCAUAUAGCCGGUGCUAGUUUAAAUACAUGAGGCAAAAGCAAACACUGGUGUGAAUAAGUACAAAUAAGUCCACCUGGAUGUAAAAACAUGUGUGAUAAAUGCCACAAGUAUAGGAAUACUUAAGAAGAACUUGUGUUUUAAGCAGUUCUCUGUUAAUGGCAAUUUACAUUGCAUCUAGGUCACAGGCUGGACUGAGGGCAUGAGCCUCAGUAAUCAGCUGUCAUGUCAUAGCACAUCUUCCCCAGGCACCAAAGAGAAUGCUGGGAAAUAAGUGCCCCAAGUUCCAAGUGGCUGUUUUAUUGGAUUAUUUUUUAAAUGACUAUUUCUUUUAUAC